AACCAUAUCAUUCAUGGCACUAAAAUUGCAACAUACCAUCUGCCUUAUGCCAGAAUGAUGUGCAGGCUUUUCUUAGGACGAGGUGAAUACAUGUUGGCUUGAAUGAAAAACUUAUAGCACAUAUAAUACGUACGAAUGGUUUGGCUAGGGCGCGUUGAUAGCGGACAUCAAUGUACUAGUUGAAGCACAUCUUUGAUCUUAAGGCUCUAUGUAGAGGUUGUCGCUGUUAGGAAUUCAGGUUUCUACGAUACAGCAAAGACCAUGGCACCACCGACUGUAUUUAACCGUUUCCCUUCAAGAGUUCGACGGUGGGGAAAGUUACCAACACGGUUCUGGACAGGCUUAAAAAAUGUGGGACAAAAAAUUUAUAAGAUUGUGUCAUCACACGCCGGUUUGGUUAUCAUAUUGUUAGUGUACUCAUUCCUUGGGGCUGCCAUCUUUCAUGCCAUUGAAGGAGCGGAGGAAGAUAGAAAAGAACUUGAAGGAAAAACCGAUGGCCCAUCUGUGGAGGAAAUUAAAAGCACUUUCACCAAAAAGAUUUGGAACAAAACUACCUUUGAUGUGCACAAUGCUACAUCCUGGAGUCGGAUGAUGCAAGUUGAGUUAAAUGCCUUGCAGUCCGACUUGUAUGCAGCGUUUGAGAGAGGUGUAAAGACGAACUCUAGCCAAAAAACAUGGAAUUAUUGGAAUGCUCUUUUAUACUGUGGAACGCUGUACACUACCAUUGGUUAUGGUCACAUCGUUCCAUCUACAUCUUUCGGCCAAGUAAUGACCAUUGUCUAUUCAGCGAUUGGCAUUCCACUAUGUCUCAUCACGCUAGCAGAUUUGGGUAAACUCCUCACGAGAGGAGUAAAGAUUCUCUUUGCCUAUAUACGACGUUUUUACUACACGGGACGAUGCCGAAAGAUGCGUCGCGCUACAGGAAAACAACUGAGAUCAUACGGCGGGAAAUUUCGAAAACAAACCAGGCGGUUCUCAUUUCCGUUAAAUAGAUUAAGAAAGGAGAACGGUCUAGCUGAUAGCUCACAGAGUGUGCCGGCAAGGGUGACACACAGCCCUAAAGAUCUUGGUUUAGAUAAUCAAGGCAUGUCACACUCGGAUGUCGAGAUGGGGCGAAUAAAAGCAGCGCCCUCUGGGUGCACGUUGACCGAUGUCGAGGAUAAUGAGGAAACAGAAAGUGAAGUAGACAAGAAAAACACGCCCUAUGAGAUCGAUGAAAAUUUCAACAUACCCAUCGUGUUUGCCCUUUUGCUAGUGAUUGUGUACAUUUUGGUAGGCGCCAUUAUUUACAUUCAGUGGGAGGAAUGGAGCUAUUUGGAAGCUUUCUACUUUAUUUUCAUCUCUAUUAGUACAAUCGGUCUAGGUGACGUGACCCCACAACAUCCACUCUAUUUCCUCAUCUCAUCCAUAUACAUAUUUCUCGGACUUUCUCUUGUAUCCAUGACGAUAAAUGUCGGGAUGGAAUUCAUGCAGGCGAGAAUAGAAAAGACUAUGGAACGCGCGAAAGCUGAAAUGGGGCAGAUGGCAGGAAAGGCCAAGACCCAGAUGGGCGCUGUAGCAGGAAAGGCUAAGCAUGGCAUUCACGGUAUGGCGGGAAAAACUGUGACAGCAGCGAAGUCAGGAAUGGGAGCAAUGGCAGGGCAGAUUGACAAGACCUUUGACAAAGCGAAGAAAACAGUAAGAGAUCAUGGAAGCAAGUUAAGUACCAAAAAAGACAAAUCCGCCACUGACUCAGAAAAUGGGAGUGUAAGGGGCUCAGAAAAACACUUAGCAAGUGAUAUGGAGAAUGAGAAGGUGACGAAGAAAGAUGCUAAUACUCCCACAAAGACAAAAGAUGAGGUGAAAACCAGUCCUUCAAGGUUUUCCGCCAGAUCUCCAGUGAAAGACAGCAAAGAUACGGUAACACCUUUUAAGGCAAAGGAGGAGAAAGACGAAACUUCUGCAAAGCUAUCAGACACACAAAGUUCUGCUGAUAGUAAAUCUCCGACGAAGGCGGUGUUGUCACCGGAACCUCUGGAAACUUCUAAACCAAAAGCCCCAGAACACGAAGAAAAGACGCAUGGCAGCAAGCCUUCUCUGUUUGCAUCAGCCAAAUUACCUUGGAAAAAGCAUACUACUUCCGCCCCAGUUGAUGCAAAAACUGAAAAGUCCUCAAGCACCCCAUAUCCUACGAAAAUCUCACCGGAGCCUAAAAAAGCUAGCUUAGAUGAUUUAUGAAACGUUGAUGUCAUUUGAAGAAAGUUUCAUCAAAUUCACUUCAAUCUAAGCCCUUUACAAAGUCUUAAAAAGAAAAUUGUUUAUUGUAAAGCAUUAUAAUUAUUGACUGCUUCAAACCAUUUGUGUGUGUGUAUAUAUAAUUGCGUUUUAACGUGUUCUUCUGAGUCGUUCUGCUAAAUAUUAGAUGAGUGAAUGAAUGUUAUCUAUUGUAAAUACAAAAUGACAUUUAUGAUUUUAUAUGUUGUAAUACUUCAUUUCAGUCGAUCAUUCUUGUCAUGAGGAUCUGCCCUGGUAUCCGUAUGUGUAUGAUACAGGUCUGGUAUUGAAUAAAUAUAUAUCUACUAAUAAGCGCUUAUAUUUCACACUGCAAAAAAUGAACAAUAGAAGCAAUUUACUUUUCCCGGAGAGUGAUAAUUAGGCUUCGUGACUCAACUUCCAUCUCAAACAAAUAUGAAAAGAAAAAAAAAGCACAGACAGAAAACCGAUAUAAAGUACGUAUACAAUUCUGACAAGUGAGAAGCGAAACUGUGGUUUGCUAGUGGUCUUUGUGCUUCAUGUACCCUGUACAAGUAUUAAUCAACAAGGUACUUGUAUAUACAUCAACAUCGUCCUUGAUAUGGCAAACACCUAUGAAUUAUUUUUAAUAUCCUCUUUAUUGUAAUGUGCUCGUGUUGUUGACUUAUUUUACAUUGUUUGGAAAAAAUAAUAAAUGGUAUAACCUUA